GCCACCAACAAACACACACAAACAGAGACACCUGUACACACACACACACAGACAUGAACAUACACACACACACACAUAGACACACACACACACACAUACAGACACAUGUAUACACACACACAUACAGACACAUGUAUACACACACAGGCACGUACAGACACGCAUACACACAGAUACAUGUACAUACACAGAAAUACACACGCACAGACACAUGUACAUACAACACAGACACAUGUACACACAGACACAUGUACGUACAAUGCACAAACACACACACAGACACAUGUUCACACACACAUACAUGUACAUACACGUAGACACAUGUACACACACAGACACACACACACACACACAAACAUGUACACACACGCACACACACACCUAUAAAAAGUUGCAGUACUUCGUUGUUCACUCACAGAGACGGGUACUGCACUCUAGGGGGAUGCAGAAAGCACAGCACACACUCCUUCCUUUGCUUUCAUUGCUCUCAGCUAUUGAGCAGUCUGACAGCUCCCAGUGCCAAUGACAGAUCCGGCCUGAGCUCCGAGCCUGCUCCAGCAAGACAGCCUGGGGGACACAUUCGCCCCCACCAUAAUUUCCACUCACCAUUGGCGAGCAGGCGAGUGGACAUUUCAAGGCCUG